GACAACAAUUGCAGCGUCGCGCGUGCGCCGGGUUCCUCCGAGCUCUGGAUCUGGAUCUCCUGUCAAUCUGGUCCCGGGACCGGGAAAGGGAAACCGAAAGCUGCAACUGUGUCCGACCCGCUCCUCACAAUGGGUACCCGGCCCGCGGUUACCUACACACUCGGUAUCCUUUGUAUUAUCCUAUUGAUCGUCAGCAUCGCACUGCUUGUCACCAAAGUCUUUCCGCACACCGUCGAUAAUUACAUUAAGAAGGAUGUACAAUUGAAGAAUGGGACAGCUUCCUUUGAGACUUGGGAAAAUCCUCCGCCACCAAUUUACAUGCAAUUUUACUUCUUCAAUGUCACAAACCCUGAUGAGGUGUUAAAGGGACAAAAGCCUUUCCUUGAAGAGAGAGGUCCUUACACUUACAGGGAGUAUAAACCUAGAGAAAAUGUGGCGUUUAUGGAUGAUGGGAAGAUUGUGUCUGCUGUGACCCCAAAGACUUAUGUGUUUGUUCCUGAGCUAUCAACAGGAGAUCCUGAAAGAGACUUGAUUCGGACAGUGAAUAUUCCAGUUGUGACUGUCAUCAAUAUGGCCAAAUAUUCCAGUUAUCGGAUCUUGCUGACAGAAGCUCUGCUGACAUUUGAAUCAGAGGGUCUAUUUACAACACGAACGGUACACGAGUUGCUUUGGGGCUACAAGGAUCCAGUACUCGCAACCAUUCAUAAGUUCAUGAGUGAUGUUGAUGAAUACUUUGGACUCUACUAUAAGAUGAAUGGAACAGAUGAUGGCGAUUAUCAUUUUCUCACGGGAAAAAUGAACUAUAAAGAUUUUACGCAAAUCAUAGAAUGGAAGGGUAACAACUCAUUAGAUUGGUGGACAACUGAUGAGUGUAAUAUGAUAAAUGGUACUGAUGGUACUUCCUUCCACCCAUUAAUAUCCAAAAAUGAAACGGUCCAUUUCUUUUCUUCAGACCUUUGCCGAUCUCUCUAUGGUACUUUUGAACAAGAGCUCGCUGUCAAAAGGAUACCAGUAUAUCGGUUCGUGCUCCCAAGUGAAGUUUUUGCCAAUGCGUCUGAGAACCCUGCAAAUUCUGGAUUCUGUGUUCCAGCUGAUGACUGCCUGGGAACAGGUUUACUGAAUGUGAGCGUAUGCAGGCAAGGUGCUCCUAUUAUUCUUUCUUCUCCACAUUUUUACCAGGCAGAUCCAAAAUAUAUUGAUGAUAUUGAAGGAAUGCAUCCAAAUAAAAUCGACCAUGAAACUUAUUUGGACAUAAAUCCUCUCACAGGACUCCUCGUAAGGGCUGCAAAACGAGUUCAGAUCAAUAUUUAUGUUGAACAAGUGAUUGGAUUUCGUCAGACUGGGAAUAUUCAAUCGCUGGUCUUUCCUGUAAUGUAUCUGAAUGAGAGCGUUUUGAUUGAUGACUCAUCGGCUGCGAAGUUGAAUUCCAUUAUCCUGCAGACGGAAGUGGUGACUGCAAUCCCAUUUAUGAUGAUGGGUCUAGGGAUACUCUUUGGGUUGAUCUUCAUCAUACUUGCAUGCACGAAUCGCGAGGGAACAGAAGCGGAAAGAGCACCACUUUUGAUAUCAUCAUAAGUAUCCAUGCCGCAACUCUUCAGCUGUGACAUCAAAGCAACAUACAUGUUUGUUUUGGGUUUCCUUCUACAUCUUCUAUGACUUAUGAACAAACUGGUCCUUGAAAUUUGAUGUAACUGAUGUUAAUUAUUCAAAGUAUGAAAAGUAGUCACAAUUUUGCAAGUUUGGUUAUCAAAUGGAGUAUUUAACGCUUCAAUAAUUAUGUGAUUACCAUGAUUCCAAAGGAGACAGGGCACCACAUCUCUCCAUUAUUGACUACCAAACCUAAAUUAUAUAGGGACAGAAGCCUUUCGUAACUAAGCCUUAUAAUCUCGAUCACUUAUGAUAGUGAAGUUGCUCUAGUAUAAAUAUUGUGCAUGGUACACUGUGGAAUUUCCCAAUAACUUGCAUUCUGUAUAUAAUGGACUGUGUAAUUUAGCGUUUUUAACUUCUUAAUAGAUAACUCCCUGCUCUUGGGUAACUCCUAUUCUGAGUGAGUUGGUUUGAGUCAUUUUCUCAUUUGCACAAUCUUUCUUCUUCAACCCACCCCAACUACACAUGCAGCCCUGAUUGCACUUUAUUUAUUCUUCACUGCUGAGACAUUUUUUAGAGGAAAAAAAUCAACUUGUGAUAUUGGGUAUUAGUUAAUUAGCACCACAAUUCUAGUUUGUACAUGGGUGCAAAUACAAAACUGACUUUUGCACUCGCAUUGGUUGAAUGUGAUUUAAAAAUAUAUAUUUCCCUUCUAAUCAAUUCUGCAAAGAUCCUGUAGACAUGAUUCCUUUAAAUGUAUUCCAGCCACCUCGCAUUGCCAUGUCAUUUUUUUUUAACUUGAUGGAAUGGGUUUUAGGAAGAUUAUGUUAAUUAUGCAGCCACCUUUAAUGACUGGUGUUCUUGUUUGGGUAAUGGAUCUGAUACUGCUGAAUAAGAUAAGGCGGAAAAUGCAAUUAUUGAAUGGUGGUGGACCAGAAAUGUCAUGGUUCAGGGUCAUCUAAUAAACUAGUUAAAUAACCUUUGCAAUCAGUGGGAGAUCUACCAGGCUAAUUUAUAAUGAAGACUAAUUUUGCAAUCUUGAAUUAUCAUCAGAAUCCAUCCAUUCAUGUCUGGCUUCUGGCUAAAGAUACAGAACAAAACAAUGUCAAAAUUAUGAAUGAGUUCUGGGAAAGCAGCCUCUAGUGUCAUUGAUUUGAAGACCCCAUGCUUUCUUACACCUGUAUACUAUGCAUUUGAACUCAUUGCCGAAUAUGAAACUCCUGUAUAGUUUUAUAAUGAAAAUGUAAAAAAAAUAAACAAUGCACACUGUGCUAUUUUAGCAUUUUAUGUAACUGCUGAUCAAUGUGUAAGAAGGAACUGCAGAUGCUGGUUUAAACUGAAGAUAGACACAAAAAGCUGUAGUAACUCAGCGGGACAGACAGCAUCUCUGGAGAGAAGGAAUGGAUGACGUUUCGGGUCGAGACCCUUCUUCAGUCUGAAGAGGUUCCUUCUCUCCAGAGAUGCUGCCUGUCCCGCUGAGUUACUACAGCUUUUUGUGUCUAACUGCUGACCAAUGUUUGGCACAACAGAAUGUCCAUCUUGUUCAAUGUUACUGACAAAAUAUUAAUAAAUCUGUUGUUCAAUUUGUUUUGUAA